AGGGGAAUUAUCUUGACAUGGCGGAGACGGCGCGUCUGACAGGGAGGAGCUUUAAUAAUAAACUUGUUCUGUUGUCUGCAGUGAUAUCAUAACCCCGCAGCAUGAAGGUGCGCUCAUGUGACAGCUGCUCAUCCUCGUCCUCUGGCAGAACUCAGGUGCAGUAACCGGGGCUAAAUGGCGGGCCUGGGGAGCAAAAGGAGGAAGAACGCCAGCUGAUUCCCCUCUAUACGUCCACAGCCUGCUGCCUGCAUCCAAGCAGAAAACAGAGAUGGCUCAAUCCAUCCGAAGGCCGGAGAGUUUAGGAGGCGUGAACCUCAAACCCCAGGGGGAAAAGACCAGAACUGGCUACUUCUGCAACGUGAAGAACAGGUUAGGCUCCAAGCUGCCUGCUGGUGUGUCUCAGCCUCCUCGCUUUGCGAAGCCACCCUGGGAGACCCAACCUCAGUCCCAAAUGAUGUCGAAUACCGCAGCCAGUGGACAGAGCAAGAACGAGCCCGUCGUGAGGCGACCUCUCGACCACAUCCCCCACAUCAGAAACCCUAAGCUGCGGCAAUACUACCUGCAAGGGACCGCAUGGGAGCUAAGCAACACUGCAGUGACUGUGGAGGAACCACUAGAUGGCAGCUCAUCCAGCACUGGUCUCCCCGGGGACACAGUGUUCAGCGUUUCAUCACAGUUCAGCUGUAAGGAUGGACCCCCGGGGGAAAAGAGCGAAACGGGCGGAUCUUUAUCCCAUAAUUCAACACGACCCAGCUCUGAUACCUCCAUAGUGAAGGAGCAGCUGGUCUCAAAGAGAAAGGACGCUUCUGUCAGCGGAAAAUCCUCCCGACCAGAACUGGACUCCAACGAAAGGAAGGAGGUAGAUGCAGAUCAUUGCUGUUUGGAUUCUGUCCCUGCUCAGCCUCAGUCCCCCUCACCGGAGGCAGAAUAUGACAAACUACUGGAUGUGGAGGCGGUGCCGCUGCCAGACGGACAACUUUGCUUGUUGGCUCUGCCUCCUGAGUGCUGCCAGGGCGAGCGGCCAGAGCCCAUGCUGUACCUCAAACUCUUCUGCCACCACAUCACCGACGGAAAGGGUGUGGUUUCUGGCAUCCUGGUGGUGACGUCCAAUAAAAUCUUCUUCGAUCCGUCAAAGACCCAUCCUCUGGUGACGGAGCACGGCUUUGAGGACUACCUCCUGUCUUUCACCGUUGACAGCCUGGCAUCCAUCUCCUUUUUCUCUGAUAGCUCACACGUUCACUUCAACACCUCCCUGCAGAGAAGGAAAGGAAAAACAAAGAACAUUUUUCAGAAGCUCAAAAUCACCAAAAGCAAAGGAGGCAGCGUCCAGGGAGAAAAGCAGGAGGAGUUGCCUCCAGCUCUGGUUUCUGCUGCUCCGUCAGUGCUGCCCAGUCCCUCACUGGGUCUAACCAAGGAGGAGGAGACGGAGAGCAGAGACAUGGCUGCUGUGGAGACGGGGCUGGAUAGCGGCUCUCUUGAGGUGCAGCCUGAGGACCCCUUGGGAAGUCUGACUGUCCUGAGCAGCGCUGCCACCUUCUGCUGCGGAGGUCCAGAGGCAGAGUUGCCAGACGCAGAAAAAUCUGCGGGGAGUGAGACCACAGAUGCUCCUCAGAGGCCAUCGGCGGGAAGUCGAGGGAGUUUGAUGUUUGUACGACUGCGGGUUCAGUCGUCUGCAGCAAGGAAGAAGAGCUCAGCUAAAACUUUAUCCAGAAGGGACACCUGGCUGGCUCUGUCACAAGAAAGAUCCGACGAGCUGCGCUCCUACCUGAAGCUUUGGCGGCCUGACCUGUGUAUAAUGGAGGGGGAGGAGGAGGGGGAGGCAGACCACGACGAAGAGGAGUUUGUUCUCGUCGAGGAUAAAGGAGAGGAGGAAGAAGAGGAUGAAGAGACGUUGCAGACACUCCGUGGCUCAGGGGACGACUGGGAGAUGGUUUUGAUGGAGGAGAAUAAAGAGAAAUCAAGCGUGGUGAUUGACAAGGAACCUGAAGGGAUCAUUAACGUUGUGGAGAACAGCCAAAUUCUGGAGGCUUCACAUGUCAGAGAGCUGAGUCAGGAGCUUCCCCCCAGGACGGUGGGCCGCACAUGGCAGCUGGCUUACAGCACGUCCCGCCACGGCGCCAGCCUCAAGUCUCUAUACAGGAAACUGGGCAACACUGACUCCCCUGUGCUGAUUGUCAUUAAAGACGCACUGGAUGAGCUUUUCGGGGCUUUCCUCUCCGAGCCUUUGAAACCCAGUGAGAAGUUUUAUGGUACGGGAGAAACCUUCCUCUUCAUGUUGCAUCCACGUUUUAAGUGCUUCAGGUGGACAGGAGAGAACUCGUUUUUCAUUAAAGGAGACUUGGAUUGCUUCGCCGUAGGUGGCGGAAGGGGUCACUUUGGCCUGUGGGUGGAUGAGAACCUGUAUUUGGGCCGUAGCAGUCCGUGCUACACCUUCAACAACUGCUCCCUCUCUGAAACGGACGACUUCCGCAUCAUGGAGCUGGAGGUGUGGACAUUCAGCUGAGGAGACUGCUGAUCAUUGAGAAGAAGCUGCUUAUCCAUCACAUCCACAUAGAUUAUCAAACCGGAUCUCUGUGCUGUGGACUCUGUCCCUGAGGGGGUUUAGAUGGUCGACUCGUUCCUGCGGGUUCGGCAACCUGAACUAUUAGACUGCAUUCUUUCCAUCCAUUCUUUGAAUGGGGUUGGCUGCCACUCUGAGGAUGCUUUUUGCUCCAAUUAAAUUAGCACCUUCUCAUUAUUUUAUAGUUUAACAUUAAUACAUCCAAAUAUGAUCAUCUCCCUGCCACUUUAAUGCAUGACUGUAAUUAUCUUAGAGAUCUGAAGACUUCACAGGUACCAUCCUGCUCUCCAUCACAGCUAAUCCUCACAUCACUGCGCUUGACAAAAAGGAGAAGCUGGAGAAGGAGCCAAAUUAAGGCUGUUUUUGUUCUGCAGCUGUAACUGUAGUUUUACCUCUGAUUGAACAUCCUACCUGUGGAUUAAUUCAUGGAAAUCUGCUUAAUGUGAAUGGAAAUGUUUGGAAAAUGGAUCUGCUGGGUUGGUCAGAGGUUUAAACCCACUCCUCAUCAUCAUCAUUAUUUGCAUGGAGCUCAUAUUAGUUUGGGUUCCUUUAAUGGUGCAUUUGAAGCAUCCUUUUUUAAAAUGAGUUAAUAUAAAGCAAACAGAAUGUUUUCUUUUAUAAACCAGAACUUGAUUAGGCUCCCUACUAAUAUGGCUGAGUGUUCAUUAGACCUGCAAAGAAACAAAUCCAUUUAGCAUUAUUCUGGAUGGAUAUUUGACCACUUAAUACAUGUAAACUGGUUGAUUUCCUAACACUAAAGUAUAUUUUAAACAAAGUCCAUAGAUGUUUCUGCAGAUUAAUUUGAGAUUGAUUAGUUUUUUUUGUUUGUUUUUUGGAAGUUUAUCAAUUUAAAAAGCAGUUUGGGAUUAAUUCCCAUUUAGAAAAUUCAAUUCUGUUUUUGGGUCUUAUUUUAUUUUGAAUCGUACUUGUUCAUUGUUCGUAGUUUGUUCAUUGUUUUAUGGCAAAGGUCAGUGACCUUUAGGACCAAUUCUGCCAGUGAUCUAGGUAUUAAAAGCUGCGCGAGUCUUUGAAGUAAAAACAACUUUGUUGUAUUUUCUUUAAUUUUUAGUAUUAAGAAAAUUAUCUCCUUGUUUUUAGGUUUUAAAAGACAGAAAAUCAUUAAAUGUGUUCAUCUCAGGUGAUUAAAACAUUUUCAUUACUGGAGCUUUUGAAAUGGAUAUUAAAAAAGCUCUUUUCUACAUACACUAAAAUAGCUACUCCUUAAAUUAUUACUGCAAAAACACUUUUAAAACUAGAAUUUGUUUAUUACCUUUCCAUUUUAAAACACGGCUCCAUGUUGUUAAUAUCGUUGACAAAUGUUAUUAAGGUCCAAAAAGCCAUUUGUGUCUCCAGAACUGCAGGUUGAAGACCCCUAAGGAAUCAUUUUUCAUUUCUGGUAUAAAAAAAAUCACUUAAUUUCUGUUGUAUAAAAGGAAUGGUUCAACUGCAUCCCUAAAAGCUCAAAUCUCAUUUCACAUCCAUACAGAUGAAGAGUGGAUGAAGACUUCUGACCAAAACUGUAUCUUUGAUCAUUAAUAAGGAAGAAGAAUUCUUGUUUGUAUGAAAAAAACUGUAUUUAUUAUGGAAAAAUGGCAAUAAUAGGUCAGAGAAUAACAGUGUUGUUACUCUAAAGGCUUUAGGCAGGAAACAGAAGUUUCUGGAAAGCUGGUAGAAAGCAGCCAGUUUCUCAGCUUGUUUUAUACUCAGACGUGAAGAAGAGGAAGAUGAAUGAGGUGAAAAGUUUCCUGUCUAAGUGCAGAGACUAAAACACUGGCUGUAGAGCCAGUAUGAUGGCUUUCUAAUUUAAACAUAGUUUUUGGCUCAUAAAUGUAAAUAUGAAGCAGGUGGACAUUAAACCAAUAAACCUAAAUUAAUUAUC